CCGGGCAACAGGGAUGUGUUUUGAAUAGGGAGCUCUCAUUAAGUCUUUUUGCGUGUCUGCCAUCAGAGUGUGUGAAAUGGGAAGUAAAGGAUUUCGAGCCGGUGUAGUGUGACAAGGCUGGGGGACAAGUGACACUUUUAGUUGCCAUGAAGAGGUUUCCAGGCAAGCGUUUGAUUAUUCUGUUUGUUUGCAGGUCUUCUAUUUGGUUGCUUCGUUCUCAAUGGCAAAUUGUUGCUCUGUUGUGACAGUAUAGAGCGCCGUUGGUAGGGUAGUUCAAUAUAGUAUUACAGAUUUAUAACUAGAAACUCUCAUGCGUUGAUUCGCUGUUAAAACCUGUUUUUCUUUAAGUAACGAGAUCUUCUAAAUCUUCUAAAGCGAGCGAAAAUGCAGAAAUGCUUUUAGCUAAAUAAAUCCGCAACUUUAUAUAAUCGCGCAUUCUUCAAAACGUCCCUUCGUCAGGCUUUUGCCCAACUCUUUCCUUUUUUUCUUGUUUGUAAGGACUAAUUUAGAACUUGCAGAUUUGAGCUGCCUGAAUUGGCUAGACAGCUGUAAUCGCACUCCUCCUAGUCUUAAUCUCUUUAUCUGGGCAGCAGCUGCCAUAUGGUCUCAGUCAGCUGGAUCAGAUGUUCAUAAGCCUCCUUCUCCGUCCCUCUCUGUCCUCCCAGUCUCCUAAUUUGAUCGCUGCUACCUUGCGAGCUGUCCUGCAAUCUUUAUUUUUAGCCAUCUUAAGGAUUAGGAUUGAUGUGGACUACGGGGCACUUAAAGUGAUUGUAUUGUAAAUCUGCUGUGGACCGCCUCUUUGGGGAGGAUGUUCCAUUUCUCCAAAGAUUUGGGGAGGGGAAAAGGGGGAGGAGAGGGCUGGCGAGAGGUUUGUUAUCCCCCUGUCCCCCUAUAAGCCCCUCAUUAAUGAAGGUCUGAACACUCUUUGGGGUGGGCUGGGUUUUUUUUUUUGCUCGCUAUCCCAAUCAGAUUUAAAUGAAGAUUCAAAUGAGUCCAUUUAAGUCUGCUGCUUGAACAUGACGCCGGUGCAUUUUUUUAGACGGGAACAAUCUCCACGGGUAACAGGUUAUGAAGACAGCAUGGAGUUUCCAGACCACAGCAGACAUUUGCUACAGUGUCUGAGCGAGCAGAGGCAUCAGGGAUUCCUUUGUGACUCCACUGUGCUGGUCGGCGAUGCCCAGUUCCGAGCCCAUCGUGCAGUGCUGGCUUCAUGCAGCAUGUACUUCCAUCUCUUUUACAAGGACCAGCUAGACAAAAGGGACAUUGUUCAUCUGAACAGCGACAUUGUCACGGCCCCGGCCUUCGCUCUCCUGCUUGAGUUCAUGUACGAAGGAAAGCUCCAGUUCAAAUCGCUUCCAGUGGAGGAUGUGCUGGCUGCUGCCAGCUACCUCCACAUGUACGACAUCGUCAAGGUGUGCAAGAAGAAGCUCAAGCAGAAGGCCACGGCCGAGGCCGACAGCACCAAGCGUGAGGAGGACGCAUCAAGCUGUUCGGACAAGGUGGAGAGCUUCUCAGAAGGUGGAAGCACGGGCCGGCCGGCCACCGCCGACCUGCUACAGAGUGACGACGAGGACAUGGAGAACAAGCGGGACAGCCCUCAGGAGCCGGGGAGCAUGUGGAUGCGUCUGCCUUCCGCCCGGACAGCGUCUCCCACUACGAGCCCCAGGGAGGCGGAAACACAUGGCCCCAAUGCUGGCAAAUCUCCUGCCGGUAGCCCCAGCAGUUCCACAGGCUCCCUCUCCCGUCGCUCGGCUGUGUCUCGGAGAGUCUCCGCUGACACCGAUUGCGUGCUUGACCUCUCUGUGAAGUCCGGUCUGGGUGGAGGUCCUGGGGAGACCAUAGCUGGCAACCCUUAUUUCUGCAGCUCUGUGACCCCAGACAGCCUCCAGAGUGCCCUGGUUCAGGUCAAGGUGGAAAAGGACACGGGCUCGGACGAUGACGAGCUGGUGAGCGGUGACUACGAGAUGGAGCACAGCGGUGUCAAGGAGCCACCCAGCACCAACGGGACUCACCUCAGCCUCGUGGCACAACGGCGCUUGGGCCUGGAGGCUCACCUCUCAGCCCUGCGUGAGGCCUCGCUGGCCAGCGAGCUGGAGCGGGACGACAAAGGAGCUGACGACGACGCAGACGUCUUGGGAGGGGACAGCGAGCGAGCACAGGAGGCCGUGGGGGUCGAGAACUCCCUGUUGCCUUACGUCUCCAGCAUGCUGGGGUCUCCACAUACUCAGAUCUUUAUGUGCCCCUUAUGCAACAAGGUCUUCCCCAGCCCACACAUCCUGCAGAUCCACCUCAGCACGCAUUUCCGCGAGCAGGAAGGCGUACGGUCCAAGCCAGCCGGCGACGUCAACGUCCCCACCUGCUCCAUCUGCGGCAAAACCUUCUCCUGCAUGUACACGUUAAAGCGCCAUGAGCGGACACACUCGGGCGAGAAGCCCUACACAUGCACUACUUGUGGCAAGAGCUUCCAGUACUCGCACAACCUGAGCCGUCACGCCGUGGUGCACACGCGCGAGAAGCCGCACGCCUGUAAGUGGUGCGAGCGGCGCUUCACUCAGUCAGGGGACUUGUACCGACACAUCCGCAAGUUCCACUGCGAACUGGUCAACUCGCUCUCGGUCAAAAGCGAGGCGCUCAAUCUACCCACGGUCAGAGACUGGGCACUGGAAGAUAGCUCUCAAGAACUGUGGAAAUGAAAGCUAAACUUAUAGCAGACAGUUUGAACUGCUUGUUAAAUUAAUGAGAGAGAUCUGAGUGGCAUUUUUUGGGGGCAGAGAGGUGAAGGUAAGAGUGAGGUGGAGUGACUUCCGAAGGGUCUGAAUCAGUCAUUUUUCUUGUAUGUACAUUGCAAAUCUUGUUGAAUUGCACUUUACUAGCACAUGAAAAUGUUACUACUGAUUUCCUUUUAAUAUAUUUUCUGGUCUCUUUAGGGUCUCUUUUCUUUUUUUCCUGUUCUCUUUGGGUUUUUUAUAAAAAUGGGUGCUGGUCUCACUAACUAAUUUUGACAGAAAAAUGAUUCAUUGGGAUUUUCAACUGUAUAUAAUUUACAGUGUUUGUAUACGCUCCUAAAUUUCAAGGAACAUCUGCCAUGAAAAGCAUAUGAAGAUUUCAGGUAAUAGACAAGGAGUUAAAAACUAUGGACACACUAAACGGGUACUAUGGUCAUAAAUUUACCUGUACACACUCGUCUCUUGUUUGAGUGUGUGUGUGUAUGAAUAUAUAGUGCACUACUAUAAUUUGCAGAUAACAUACCUGAUGUGUGUCUGUGGCCGUGCAUACAUGUGUAUUUAUGCACAUGCACACACAUACACACAUAGUGUGUGAGCAGGUCAGUCCUUUAAAUCCCACGAGGAAGCUCCAAGCUUGUGUUACUUAAGCUCUUGUACAUUUUUGACUCGUUAUAGGAAACUUGACUGAUGGAAGACAAACAAGGCACUCAUGCAAUGUACAGCCUCCUUUUUCAUAUCAGUUGCCGCAUUUUUUCUAUCUUAUCUUAAUAUGAUUUGAAGUCAUUUUCGCAUUUUAGUUGCGGUCUCUCCACAUCACUCGUUUGCUACUGAGGUUGGUUUCUACAUCGGCUGCAUUUCUAGAGAUUUCUGUAGUGUUUUAUUCAAAUUUUUCGUUUUUAAAAUGGAAUCUGUUGUCGCAUGAUGUCUGACCUGUAUAUUGAAAAAGAUGUGACUUGCUGUAUUGCUGUACACUGUAAUUGACUGAUUCAUUACAGUCAGGGCACCUGUCUGUGGAGAAAAAAAAAGUACCUUUAAUAUUACCGCUGUAGAAAUUGCAUGAAUUUUAUUUAACUUUCUUUCGUUGUUGUUUUGCAUCAGAGAGUGUAUUUUUUAUUAACUAAUUUGAUUCCUUGGUAGAUUUGAGUUUUUUUUCCUCUCAUUAGAGAAUGAAUCGGGGUUCUGGUGAGGUGGUUUUUUUCUGGGCUGUGAAGAUUGUGGAAAUGCACUGACGUUAGGCUGUAGUAUCUACACACGCAACGCGAUUUGGUUCGGACUCGCUGUAGGAUUCGGGGGUUAACGAGGGGCCAGGUCUCAGCAGAGGCUGGAUCGCUAUGUUUAUUGUUCAGAAGGCUAGCAUGGCUCCUGCUAGCAUCUCACGCGCUGCUCUUCCCAGUGCUGGGUCCUCAACUGCUGUAUGUCUCAGUGUCCUGUUUACUGGCUGUUGUCAUUUGAAUCAUGUCAGCUCUGUUUGUAAUUUAUUUAUUUAUCUUUUCAAUUGGCACUUGCUUCAGAUUCGAUUGCCAUGAAGACACAUUUGCGUGGCUGAUGGUACAGCUCUUCUUUAUGGGUGUCCUCAGCAGCGCACAUCUAUUUGGAGAAGCUGAAGGAUCUUUAAACAGCAUAAAGCUCGACACACUCUGAUCGGAGUGGUUUGUGUGCGUGUGUUUGUUCAAUAAAUACGUUUUUUUUUUUUUUUUGGUCACUAGAACGUGUUUGGCAAGGAUGGUUGCACCUUUGAAGCUUAAUGAAAUUAGAAUUAUGUGCAAAAGAGGCCUUUAUCAAAUGUAUACGCUUAAUUAUUAACAUAAUUGAAUGGACUUUGUUACACUGAAAAAAAAAACAUCUAUAAAUUUGUGAUCGUUAACUUUUUUUGCUGCAUUUGUGAUUUUGAAAAAUGUUUAUUUUGAAAAUGUUUUCUUUUUUCUUUUAAUUUGCAGAUUUCUUUUAUUAACAGUGUGAAGAUUAUGUUCAUUUUGUUUGUUUGUUGGUUUAUUUCACAAAAAAACAAUUUCAUUGUCAAAUCCAGAGAAAUAAAAAGCAAAGAAAAAUGAAAAGCAUAUGGCUUAUCGCUGAAGAUCAGUCACUCACAUAGUGCUGAAAUGCUUGAACUACUUUAGUUAGGGCCGGGGGCUCCGCACAUGUUUGGAGCAGGACAGGAGUGUGCGGCACACGGGCCUAUGCAGGCCUCAGGAACUGUCCUACCAUAUAUUUGGCUGGUGCAACGGCUAGUGAAAAGGUUGAGCUUUGCCAACAGCGCAUGCCCCUCAUGGCGUUUUGCACGGUGGUACUUUUACCUUUUGCACUCUAAAAUGUGACAGAAAAAAAAUAUCAACUGUGGGGUUGAUUUGUUUUCUAUGCUUUCUUUUUCUUUAUGUUUUUCGUUGGCUUCUAUUGUACUUGACCGCCUUAAACUACUGUUAUCAGCUUAUACUCAGAGGGUGAAAACUGGAAACUGUCGCUGGAAUACUGGAUGUCUUUCUUGGACUUUUUUUUUUUUGUUAGUUUUUUUUUCAAUGGAAAUGAAGCUGUGAAAUGGCCUAUGAAGCAUAUCCAUAAAUUAGACACCCCUUUAGUUUACUUGAAACCCAGGAACCCCAGUGUGAAGAACAACUGUCAAACUCAAACUUGGUGGCUAAUGAGUAUGGGAAGGAAAAUAAUAAAUAUCUGUUGAAUUCAAGGACAAUCGGUGUCUGGAUGAAAAAAAAAAAGAAAAAAAAAAGAUGAUGAUUCGAUUUCACAUGUAAUUGCUUCCCUUCUGAGAUUUUUUGCUAUGUUGACAUUGUUCUUUUUAUGGAUUUAGACAUUUAGCUUUGACAAUCAUAGUAUGUUUCAUUUUCUCAAGGGAAGUAAAUUAUGAGGCUGUUUAGUUUUGUACUUUUGGUGUGCUGUUGGUGAAAUUUUUAAAUUGUGUGCAAACUGCAAUAAAUUAUAAGAACCUAAA